AUGUCUAGAGAGGAGAAAUUCAAUGGGUUUGUGCUUCCUGCUAUACUAAAUGUUCUCUUUGAGCUUGCACCAACAAAGUGUAAUGAUUCCUUGAGAAAAUCCAUUUGUUUCGGAUUCAACGUAGGACGUUCGCGGCCAUGGCACAGACGGAAGGAACGAUUAAGGUACUUGAGGCGCUGGCGCCUGAGGAAGCUCUCCGGGGGAAAGAGCGGAGAGCGCGGACAGAGGAGAGAGUUCAUAGUGAUCGGGAGACUCGGACGAGCGUGGAGGCAGAGAAUCUGGGAGAAGACGGAGAAUGUCGAGCGGACGUGGAACGCCGAGCGGGCGGAGUCGGACGGGAGUACGGCGCAGGAGGAUCACAGGAGAGUGGGGAAGCGCGACCCCAUGUUAGACUGGGUACCACUGGGUACGCGAGGGGAAACAGAAAACGCAGCAGAAAGUGAUACCGACUGCGCCGCCGGCGCCGGGAGCGGCGCUGAGAGUAGUGCCGAGAGGAGCGCCGGGAGCAGCGCCGAAAACAGCACUGAGAGAAGCGCCGCGAGCAGUGCCGGGAACUGCGCUGAGGCGGGCGAUACCGACAAAAGAGUAAAGUCAGCAGCGCCACGAUCCGCCAAAGACGGCGCCUGACGGAAAUGGAGGCGGGACAAAGAGGAAAAGUCAGCCGCCUCAUUGGCCACCGAAGAUGAGUGAUCUACGUGGAGGAGUGGCAGAAAUGAGAGCUAGAAGACGGAGUCUGG